GAGGCUGUUUAUUUUUUAUGUGGUUGGAGGUAUAUUAAGAUCAGUGUUUAAAUUUUCACUUUUUGAGUCAGAGGUUUCUUACCAACUCUAACCUCAGAAUCCAAUAUGGCUUUUGUAAGUAUAAAAAGUAGUUAGUUUGCACUUGUGAUGGUUUGUUUCUCGUUAAAUCAGUUGUUUACAUAGUAACGAACAGCCACUGGCUAUCCUUAGAUAAAUGCUGAACACCUAUAUUUACUUUAAUAACAUCAUAAUGUUCUUUUUCAUAAUUUUACAAUCUAACUGUUAAAUCUACUGUAUUCUUUCAGAUUGACCCUUUUUUUUUAUAUUGGCUCGCAGGCCCAUGACCCUACACGUUUAAUGCCGCCCUGGGCAACUGCCUAUGUACAACAUAUCAAAAACUGCCACAAUGUGGUAAAACCUUUGGUAGUUGAACUGUUGCUGCAGAGUUUGGAUGCACAAAAGGCUGCAUUACACAUUGCAAUUGCCUUGUAUCACUAAUUGUAGUUUGCCCACAUCACCAAGCACAACCGUUACAUUUCAAAGCUAGUAUGGGUGGGUUUAAAUUGAUGCAUGUUCAAUAUAAAACGUCCCAUAGCAGAAGGGUCCUUUUUGCCCAACUCGGUGUGACGUUGUUCCCAGAUCUGAGUUCUGACUUCAAGACUAAUCAAAUGCCACAAAAAAUAUGCAAACGGACAAAGUACCAACAAGUGGGUAUGAAAUAGGGAAAGAAAGUGGUGAAGGGGGUAAAUUGGUCAAAUUGGGAGGCCAGUGUGAGCUAUUCAUUGUCAGCUCACUGUUAACUCUGAAACACAUUAUCUUAAAUGCACAUCGUGCAAACAAUUAAGCAAGGUGCUGCUGUUGUUGCUGGCAACUAAGGCCUUAUGAACAUACUCCAGUUAAUGAUUAUUCGAUUACUAAAUUAGUUGACGAUUAUUUCAAUAGCUGAUUAAUCACGAUUAAUCCGAUUAAUUGUUUCAGCCCUACUAGAAACAUGAAAAUGAUGUAAUUCCCCUGCCACACCACCAGCAGGCGACAUGUUCUUGGAAGCUCAACAACACACUCCCUACUUAAAAAAGCGCCUCUAAAAUUUUGCAGUCUGUUGGAGAACUGUCCUUAGAUUCAAAUGGGUCAGUAACACAAACUUCACAAAUUUCCCCUCGGGGAUCAAUAAAGUAUCUUUGAAUUGAAUUGAAACACCACUCUGCAAUCUGCCAUUGUUUUUGUUGAUAUCUUCUUCUUUUGUGGCUCAGCGUCUGUUAUGCUGUGUGUACGAUUUUUCUACUGACUGCAGACAUACUGCUAUGUGCCAGGGCUUCCCCAUAAAGCAACAUUCUCUUUUUUCUGACUACACGAAAACGGAGACCGGAACGUUUUCAAAACGUUACACUCUGGAUUUAGUUUUUAAAUCGUCUUGUGGAUAAAUGCCGAUUUUGUCAUAUAUACAAACAGUAGAAACGCAAAAAACUUUUCUGUUUUUUCGCCAAAAAAACAUUAUGUAAACAUGGCAUAGGCUCAUAAUCUGUUGUGUUUCAUAACAAAUGUAAAAAUAGUGUAAUACAAAAUUUUCAGAAAAUAAUAUAUAAUUACAUGAAAUUAUUUUAGAUUGUAUUAUUUCAUCUGAACUACAAAUAUUCAUAUAAUAUAAUGUUGAUUGGUAAGAAUAUGCAUAUGGUAAAAACUGGCGAAAGGGAAACCCGACUUGGCGCCUAAUUUAAGUUUGCCCACUAGUAACAUCUAAAAUACAUUUUAGAUGCAAAGCGUCCUAUUGAUUUGCUUAUCUACAAGUGGGCUCCCAAAUUCAAUUAUUCUUGAGAUUUCUUUCAACCUGCAGGCCUUGCAAAAAAAAACCCAAAAACUAAACAAAGCUAACGAACUAAACAAACAAACAAACAAAAAAAAGUCUCAGCUGCCAUCUUUUCGGAACCGGCUCAGAGAGUCUGUUCCGUCUAAGAUCGACACAUCCAUAGCGCAGUCCCACCUCUGACCAGCAGGUGGAGCUGCAGCAACGCUGCUGCCUCAUGAGGAGGUGUUGUUCAGACGUCUCCACUUUGUCCAUGAUCCUGACGUAUUUCCUGGGGCUUGUGCCCACCACUCAGCGGCAAACCGGAGGGGUAUCAUGACUAUCUAUAAUCAGCAGUUGUCUUAUACGCGUUCUCCAGUCGUUUCGCCGUGUCGUCGUCGGAUUUAACACCGCAGUGUGAGACAUUAAGCCUCGGGAUCGAGCAGGAUGUAAAGGAAGCUGGUGAGCUGCGACUCUCGCUGCCCUUCACUCCCUGCGCCCCUGCAUGUACUGUAAGCGGCCUCGGCCUGUUGGGGAGCUGUCGUGCUCGGUGACUGUGCUGCUUUAGGAGAACCCAUGGCUUCUGGCCCUCCAUCUCCCUCCUUAGGCCAUAGGCUCAGGCUGCUGGAGCUGCUAAUCGGGGCAGUGUGUGUGCUGUUGGUGUCCGGGCUAGGAUCGGCUCUGGGUCAGAAGGUCUACACCAACACGUGGGCAGUCCACAUACCCGGUGGUCUGGAGGAAGCUGACCGAAUUGCCAGGAAACAUGGUUUCAUAAACCAUGGACAUGUAUUUGGUGAUUACUAUCACUUCCGGCAUCGCAGAGUGGUUAAGAGAUCGCUGUCAGAUCAUAGAGGGACACGAGUCCGUCUGCAAAGAGAUCCUAAGGUAACUUGGGCAGAGCAGCAGGUGUCCAAACAGAGGAAAAAGAGGGAUACCGCUACAGAAUUCGUAGAUCCCAAGUUCAGAGACCAGUGGUACCUAUACAACGACAACCACCGGGACUUAAAUGCCAAAGCUGCGUGGCAGUUGGGCUACACAGGGAAAGGAGUGGUGGUGUCCAUCCUGGAUGAUGGAAUAGAGAAGAACCAUCCUGACCUGUCGCAGAAUUAUGACCCGGAAGCAAGUUAUGAUGUGAAUGAUGCAGAUCCUGAUCCUACGCCUCGGUACACACAGCUUAAUGACAACAGACAUGGAACUCGAUGUGCAGGAGAGGUGGCGGCAGUGGCCAACAAUGGGGUCUGUGGAGUCGGUGUGGCCUACAAUGCAAAGAUUGGAGGUGUGCGUAUGCUGGAUGGAGAGGUGACCGACAUGGUGGAGGCCCAGUCUCUCAGUCUGAACCCCCAACAUAUCGACAUCUACAGCGCCAGCUGGGGCCCGGAGGACGAUGGCAAAACAGUCGAUGGACCUGCCAAACUGGCCAAGGAAGCCUUUCUUCGAGGAGUCACAGAGGGUCGUGGCGGUUUGGGCUCCAUAUUCGUGUGGGCCUCUGGGAACGGAGGAAGGGAGAAGGACAGCUGUAACUGUGACGGCUACACCAACAGCAUUUACACCCUGUCCAUCAGCAGCACCACGCAGAACGGCAAUGUUCCCUGGUACAGCGAGGCCUGCUCCUCCACCCUCGCCACCACCUACAGCUCGGGGAACAUCAAUGAGAAGCAGAUUAUAACAACAGACCUCAAAUCCAAAUGUACAGACUCUCACACCGGCACCUCUGCCUCUGCCCCGCUGGCUGCUGGGAUCAUCGCUCUCGCCUUAGAAGCCAAUAAACGCCUCACCUGGAGGGACAUGCAACACCUGGUUGUACGAACCUCCCGCCCAGCCCACCUGCUCACGAAUGACUGGAGAACCAAUGGAGUUGGACGCAAAGUUAGUCAUUCGUAUGGGUACGGUCUGCUUGAUGCCAGUGCCAUCGUUUCACUGGCGAAGACGUGGACGAAUGUGGGGCCACAGAAAAAGUGUGUGAUCUCCAUUCUCAGUGAGCCGAGGAACAUUGGCAGCCAUUUGUUGAUUGACAAAAGCGUGGAUGCCUGCAUCGGCUCAGACAGUUAUGUGACUUCAUUAGAGCAUGUCCAGGCCCGGCUCACCCUGACCUACAACCGGAGGGGAAACCUGGCCAUUCACCUCAUCAGUCCUGCCGGCACACGCUCCACCCUGCUCCACCCGAGGCCUCAUGAUUACUCAUCAGAGGGUUUUAAUGACUGGGCGUUCAUGACCACCCACUCCUGGGACGAGAACCCCAGUGGGGUGUGGAGACUGGAGAUUGAGAAUGUUGCUGGUGCCAGUGACUAUGGCACCCUGACCCAGUUCACCCUAGUGCUGUACGGCACCGGCUCACCAUCUUCCAGCUCCUCUGAACAGUCCCAGUCCAGCAACGACAACUGCAAGACUUUGGAUCUGAGCAUGAAAUGUAUUGAGUGCAACCCUGGCUACUACCUCUUUCAGCAGGGCUGUGUGAAAGAAUGUCCCGCGGGCUUCGCAGUGGGCUCCCAGCCCCUCAACUACACGGUGGGAAACUACAUCCAGCCAGCUUCCGUCCCGGCCUGCCUACCCUGCCCACCGCCCUGCAUCACCUGCAGCAGCCUCAGCCCUCAGUUCUGCUUGUCCUGCCCCGAUCACAGCUCCCUGGACCCAGUCUCUGGCACCUGCCUGCGGCUCAACCACUCCAUGCGCGAGUCCCCGGGCAGCUUCAUGGUGGGCCAGGAGGACCCUAAGCCUUCGCUUGAGCAUGGCUCCCAGAUGCCCGUCACCGUUGCUGUGCUCAGCUGCGUGGCCAUCAUCGCCACCUUUGCAGGCGUCUUCCUGCUGUUGCAGCUGCGCUCCGGCGCGCUCAUCAAGCUGCCCUCUCUGGAGUCCGGUGGCAGCCUCAGCCUGAGGGGGAGCAGGGUGAUUUCAUACCGCGGCAUCCCAACGGUUUGGGGGGAUGACGGGCUGAACACUGACUCGGAAAAUGAAGAGUUUGAUGUCCACAACGAGAGGACUGCCUUUAUCAAAACACAAAGUGCUCUUUAAUGCCUUCAUAAGUCCCUCCUCCUCCUGCUCUACUUUAAAUUCCUCUCAUCCCCAUCUGUCUGACACUUCAGGGCUGUUCACUGUCCUCUCAUGGUCUCUUCUGCUCAUACACCCUGUUAAUUUUAUCCUUUCUGUCUUAUCAGAUCCUCAUCUGCUUUUAGGAAAUGCUCUCACUUUGUCGUGGGAGCCCUGAUGGGAAGCUGCUGUUUGUGAAGGCUGGGGACGGCCUGAGUCUUUACUCUGUUCACACCUGGGUACAUUUCUGUUUAAGUGUCUCCCUCCAUCCAACCUUGGGUCACUAACGGCAUCUGUUGGUGCAGAGUUCAUUUUACCUCCUGCUCCUUUUUGUUACAGUAAACAACUGCUUUUCAUUUUCUGUAUUUCACAGUUUUUCUCCCCUUACCUUCCAUUAGUCUCAGUGCAGUAGCCAGAAGAGAUUUUUGAAUGCGAGAAUAAGCGAUGAUUUUGUAUGCGUGUGCAUUUCUGAAUGAAUGAGCCUGCAUAAUAAUGGGUGUCGAGAUCUGAUGAGCAGUGCCGAGCGAUGUGCCCUUAAUGAACACGUUAAAGUGCUUCCUGUCGUUUAUUGUUUUAACUGAUGACAACAUGACAGUAAUGAUAGAGGCAUUCAGACCCACUUAAAAAACACUUUUUCUCUCCACAUUGUGAUUUGUUGACAUCAGGAUUUAAAAUCUGUGCAGUAAAGGGCCACGUUUUAGCAGAGAGCCAGCAACGUGCAUUUGAAUGAAAAGCAUAACAAGCAAUAAGAAAAACAUGUAAUUUAAUAGUUUAAGCUGACAUCACAACAAAGAAGGAAAUACCUGAAGUAUCUAAAAGCUGCUCCAUCAUUUUCGAUUCUAGCCCAAUGUUUUCUGAUUUGGCGAACUGCAUUUCAGGACAGAAAAAUAUCAAGAAAACAAAAGAUUAACAUCUCACACACCCAGCCUUGAUGUUUUAUGCCUGCAUCUGAUGCACCCCCUCAGGAUUAAGAUGUGAAGCAGCCGAGGCGCCACGGCGCAUGUGUGAGCCCCUCAAAGCAGCUGGCAGUUGUUGACUUACCUGUGAUUGAUUUCUCGACACAUCAGACGCUGUAACAAUACAUCAAGGCUCUCCCCCGUUGUCAGAGCGAAUCAGCCCCCCAAAUACAAGCCUCGUGUCUUAAUGAAUGGUUGUGGGUUUGUGUGCGAGGAUGUAAAGUAUCACCUGACUCACCUGGCCUCUGAGGUGGUGGUUCCUUUUCUCCCAUCUCAUCUCGCAACCCCUGCUCUCCUCUUCAAAUCUAAGUAUUGAUUAAAAUCCCACGUCGACGCUCCUCAGCUCAUCAGUGUCUCUGCACUCAUCCUCCAAUCAGAAAUUCAAACAAUCAAGUCGGCAUACUUGGAAAUUAUCCUCCAAAUGAUACUACAGCAAAGAGAUUUUAUUAAUAUAAUUUUUUUUGGAGUUUUAACAGUUUUCUUUUUUCCCUUUCUGGGCUGUAAUCAUAUGAAAUAAGCAUCUCAUUGUUUAAUCCAUUAUAGCCAUUUGGAUUCCUCUGAUUUAUGUUUCCUUCCUUUCUCUCUUUGUUUAAAUUUCCGCACAAAAACGCUGAGGCUUGCUGGGAAAGGUUUUCAGAUGAUGGCGUGCAUAGAAAACUGCAGCUGCUCAUCCUUUUAUCUACCUCUCAUAUUCCACAGCAAGACUUCGUACACACUUAGAGGAGCUGGUAAUUACGGAGGUGAAUUUAAAUGUGGGUUAGACAUGGAUAUCUUCUCUGUGGUGAUUCAGGUGAAGGGGUGUGCGUACCAAAUUCAUGUUUUAGAAAGAAAGGGGUGAAAGUAAAUCAGAAACUCCACUUCCCUGGAAACUCAUCUGUUCUUAUUUUUAAAUGUAUUGCCUUUAAGGAUCAGCAUCAUGCAUGGUCACACGUGGGCUUUAAAACCGGUUAAUGAGAUUAAAGUGUUCACAAAUGAAAAUGGCUGGCGUUCAAGUGCUAAAUCAACCUAAGAUCGAUAAGGGCGUUUUUGCUGUCCAGCUCUAAUGAGGCGUCUCCUCCUGGAAUUCACUCUUUUGUUGUUGUUUUUUCUCUUAAGUUUAUGUCACUGACAAUCAAUUUCCUUGUCUUAAAGGCAAGACGGUGCAAAGGCACACAGACACAUCGAUUUUAACUUUUAAUUUAACCACUGGUGUUGCAAAGCCUUCACAAGUGUUUCAGAGGUAAAGCUGAGGGAUGCAAGUAUAUUAGUAUAGAUGUUGUCAAACAUUGUUUAAGUCCCCUCAGAUGGCUCAAAUGUGAAGUCCAGCACAUUUUGGUUCUCUCUGGACUGGAAGAGGGACCUGUGAGAGCGGAUUUGGUGGAAAACACUCUCAAAAGCAUAAAAAUGUGUUACAGUUGCGAGCUUUGUGUGAUAUACGUCAGUGCCUACCGCCAUACUUUGAUUGGUCCACGCUGAGCCACGGCCUCAGACUCCAGACACAGAAUCUCAUCGACUCCCCCGGCUUUGUGCAAACGCAAGAUAAGGCCAACAAAACAGGAUCCAAUUAAAAUCUGAAUGUUAAAGAAUUAUAAUGAAAAACACAAUUUAGUCAAUGUCAUGCACUUUGCAUUUUCCCUUUCAGACAUUUCCUCUGUAACAUUUUGGAGCCCAUUAGAGCUCACUGAUUGAUUUUCCUUCCUCUUAUGUUGAUGUAUUCACUACAACCUGACAACUCUGAACUGAUAAACUCUUUUCAUUCAAAGGUUUAACUUUAAGAGAAAAUCUUGGAUUGCAGCAGCAUUCCAGAGCUGCUGAAACCUAUCAGCAUCUUCCACUGCCAGAAUGUGAUAUAAAGUACACACUAAAAAGAAAUGGUUCGCUAAUGGUCCCAGAUAGCAGCCACCACCUUGCUGGCUUAAAGCUGUUAAAUGCUGACAAAAAUCAGUUAUUUUUGUCUGAUUAUAAAGAUGAAAACCAUCAUGUCAUUUUAAGGCUUUCACUUGGAGCUUGAUGUUGCUCUUGUCCUCGUUUUUAGGAUGUAAUCUGAAGUGAUCCACGCAAACUCUGACGUAGUUGAUAGGAGCAAUAUCUUUGGCAUAACCAAAGACAAUCAUUUAAAUGCUGUUUAAUUUUAGAACGUGUCGCCUUCAGGUCGGUUCAUCCCAUCCGUCCUCCUGUAGCUGCGUUUAAAGUGUUUAGUUGAAACCCAUCUGUGAUCUUUCUGAAGGUCUGGAACGAUACGUUGCCUGCUGAGCAGCUGUGGAGGGAGGAGGUAGAAUGUAUCCCAUCGCCAUGACCUUAAGGGCUGAACCAGAUCUGCGUGUACAUGCUUGUUAAAGUAGAAACGAAACACUUUGUGAUGGAGGAGCUGUGUCAGUCCACACCUUUGACCUCCUCCCAGCUCUUCAUGAGGUUCCUGACCUGUGGCUGCAAACAGUACCUUACAAAUUUGUGACCUAUGAUUAAUGUACAAGAAUGACUAUCCUACAUGGGACAUAACUCUAAAAUAAGGCCUAUUUUUGUACUAUAUGAACGGUGCAGUGUAAUUUUCUUGUAAUUUAAAGAUGUUUUUUUCUUUUGAUUUCUCCUUUUUAUUUAAUUGAUGUCUAUUAUAGAUUCUACUAAAAAUAAAGAUCUAUGCAAAUUUAAA